AGAUGUCUACGAGAAGAAUGAAAUCAUCUCAGUUGUAACAACAAAAAAGGAAGACGCGAGAUUAGUAACUAUAACAGAUUUGUUUGCACACAGACUUUGUUACAUUGACGCAAACACGUGGGCGCUGUGUGAAAAACAGGCUUACCGGGACAAAAGGAAGACAUCUACGGUGCUCCAAUGCGUUUCAUGCACUGAGGUCGAAAUUCUCUUGAAGUUUUAUGUUUUUCCCCUUGCGAGUCUCCGCUUUUCUUUUUACUGUUGGAUAUCAGACACUUGGAGAGGAGAGGGUUUAUUAGAGACUGAAGGGUAUGAACGAACAGCAGCAAAGAAUGGCUGCAGUGGGAACUGACAAGGAACUCAGCGACCUCCUGGAUUUCAGUGCGAUGUUCGCGCCUCCAGUAGCCAAUGGGAAGAACAGGACAAUGACACUCGCCAGCAGUCAGUUCAGUGGAUCAGCAAUAGAUGAGCGCAGCGGCUCUGGGUCCUGGGGCUCGGCAGAACAGAACAGCCCCUCUUUCAGCCAAGGACGGAGCUACGGAGAAGGAUCCCACUACAGUGAGCAUGAAGGCUUGUCCUCUCCGUUCAUUAGUUCAGGGAUCACAGGUAAAAAUGAGAGGCCACCAUACCCUCCCUUUGGAAGCCAGCCUGGCUUUCUGCCCAGUGAAAUAGCGAUGCCCAGCCCAGAUGCCAUGUCCCCCUCUGGCCUGAAGUCUGGCUCCCAGUUUUACCCAUCAUACCCCAACAACCCCAGAAGAAGGCCGCCCGAUGGAGGCAUAGACACCCAGCCAAAGAAGAUUCGGAAACCCCCUGGCCUGCCGUCCUCGGUGUAUGCUUCCACAUCCGGCGAUGAGUAUGCCAGAGACAAUGGAGGAUAUCCUGGUGGUAAGCCUGGAGCCGUCUACCCUGGCUCUUUCUACAUGCAAGAAGACCCCUGGUCAUCUUCUGGCUACUCUGCCAUGCUGGGUAACUCUCCUCACAUCGGACAGCCAGGCUCCUUCUCUGCAAUUAACCCACAGGACAGGAUGAAGCGUCAUCCCCUGCCUCUGUCCCCACAGAACUAUCCUCUGCACGGCAGCGAAGUCAACGGCUUCCACUCAGCUCCCACCACCUACAACCACACACCUGCCAUCAACGGAGAUGGCAUCAUGGCCAACCGAGGCACCACAGCUGGCAGUUCAGGAGAUGAAAUUGGGAAGGCUCUUGCUUCAAUUUACCCGUCGGACCACAACAGUAAUAACUUCUCCUCAGCUCCGUCUACUCCUGGGUCUCCUCAGGGCAUUGCAGGAGCUCAGUCUCAGUGGCAAAGACCAACCACACCCAGCUAUGAAGGGCAACCACAUGCUCUGCAAAGUAAAAUGGAGGACCGUUUGGAGGAGGCAAUCCAUGUACUGCGCAGUCAUGCUGUGGGCCAAGGCCCCGGCUUAGAGGGCGCCCACUCCGACAUGCACAGCCUGCUGUCUUCAGUACACAACGGGGGCCUUGGAGGCCUCUCUCCAGCUUUCCCCAAUGCUAGCCUUGCCCUCAGCAACAGACAUCCUGCUAUGCAGGGAGGGAAACAUGAGGAGCCCACAGGCCUUCCUCCCAGCAGCACUCUUCUGCACGGUCAUCACGCAUCCGGACCCACACCAUCAGCUGGCCAACCGGAAGGCUUUACCAGUCUCCCUGGUGGUAUGGCCCGUUCCACACACUCCUCCAGCAGCUCAGACAUCAAAAGAGAAGACAAAGAGGAUGAUGAAAACUCAUCUGUUGCAGACAAGUCAGAUGAUGAAAAGAAGGACUCAAAGGCAGCACGCAGUCGAAGAAAGGAGGCGUUGACCCUCCAGAUGCUCUCUAGCCUUUCAGACCCAAAAGAUGAUCUUGACAAUGAAGAUGACGAGGACCUCCCCCCUGAGGUGAAGAUGGAGCGUGAGAGAGAACGGCGAGUGGCUAAUAACGCCCGUGAGCGUCUCAGAGUACGGGACAUCAACGAGGCAUUUAAGGAGCUUGGGAGGAUGUGCCAGCUGCACCUCAGCCAUGACAAACCUCAGACCAAACUUCUCAUCCUGCACCAAGCCGUCAAUGUCAUCCUCAAUUUAGAACAACAAGUCAGAGAGCGUAACCUUAACCCCAAGGCAGCAUGUUUAAAACGUCGUGAGGAGGAAAAGGUGUCUGGGGUGGUGGGUGAAGCCCCCAUGCAGCUCUCAGGAGGCCAUCCUAGUAUGGGAGGAGAUGGCCACAAUCCAGUUGGCCACAUGUAACACCAGAUCUGGUGGUGUUUCCUUGGCUGUCAGAGGAUGUGGCCUUAACAGAUUUCUUCCACCCAUUAUUCUCAGUGUGUGUGUAUAUGUGGACAUGUCUGUGUAUUGUCCGUUCAAGUUUCAAGAUGCACAUUCACACACUCGUACACACAUGCAUACUGCCAAAACUGACACAGCCUGUUUGUCGCACUCCCAAUCAUGACUACAAGCUCAAAUGUGAAGAACUUUUUUUAGUUUUUGCUUUGUUUUAUACAUGUAAGAUUUUUUUUUUUUUUUUUUUUUUUUUUUUUCCUUUUUUGGUUUCCACAAGAUGAUGGAACGCCAGAGAACUUUUUGUCCUGCCACAAAUUGGGACUUCACACACUGCCGAGAAGUGCUCUGGUGAAAGAAAGGAGACCUAAACAAACACAAAUUGAAUCUUGGAUUUGUGCCUAAUUGUUACAUGUUUUCUAUUUGACAUUUAAGCAAAUUGCUUUACAUGUGAGGAACAUUUAUUGUGAGGGAUUGCUUAUGUGUAUGAGCAAUUAUUUUUAAUGUAUGUCAUUCCCAGCGUGAUGGUACAGUCUUACAUAUGUUAUGUAACCAAGCCCAUAGUUGAAGUUGAAUUGUCUAAAUUCAGUGACUUUUCCUUGAUCUUUAUCAGCAAAUGUUUUUGCGGAGCGUGCUGGAAAGGUCACAAGGGAAAGGUCAAAGUCUCGACAGUUCAAACACAGCUUACAUGAGAGACGGGAACUCUGACCUAGAGGCAGUCUCUCUCUGACUGAGGCCCGGUCUCAUCCCACAAGGCAUCUGGAGACUUGGAAUCGAAGACUCCUUCCUUGAAGGUUAUGAAUUAUCCAAGUGGUAGAAUCUGUCGACUACAAAACUGUUCUUCCUCUUUUUUGACCACAAAUUCUAGCGUUACUCCAGAAAUCCCUUGUCAUAGGUUCAGGUUUUUGUACUGCUUUAAAUACUAAAGCAUGCAUGGACAAGACAAAGCACAGUUGUAUAGGUUUAGGCUGGAUUUUAAGUGUUGACCUGUAUGUGGUGCAUUUCAGUCCCUGAAAGUCUUGUAUAAAAGCCAUUGAGACACCUGCUAAGUGAUCAGCACCACUUAGUGCUGUUACUCACUUGAAAUUGGUUUACUGACAAUGCCAGCAGACAAUACAGCUCAAGUUUUUUUUUUCCCCCCCUGAAUUGAUGUUCUGUAAAAGACAAAAAGGUCUGGGUUCCUUUGAUGGAGGGAUCUCAUCAGUCCGCAGUUGUUGAAGCAGACAAGCCUUUGUGUAACGGAGGCUUUCUUUUCCUAAAUGAGCAUUCCCACUGAAUUACAGCCCCUCACCUUCCUCCUGAGUAAGUUUGUUCUCACGUUUCUUACGGAGAGAAGUGUGAUGUGUAAAUUCACUUCAUACAUUACUCUGAUAUGUUUCAUUUUUCAAAAUUAAAUAUAUAUAAAAAUAUAUAUUUUUUGUUAGUCUAUACAUUGUAGAUUUUUUACAUAAAUGGCAAUAUUAGUUUGAAGUUUAGAGUGUAUUGUAGAUGAGCUGAAUAAGGGGAUAUUUGACAUUUAAAUGAAAUUGUUAAAAAAAAAAAAAAAGAAUUCAAAAUUGAAAGGGGACGGCAGAGGAAAAGGGUCAACAGAUGAUAAAUGAAAAAUGUUGAAAGCGUUUGUGUAUCCUUUUAUUCCAGUUUUAGUUAAAAGGCGUAUCAUCAGCUAUCCAGAUGAAUUCUUUCUUUCCAUUCGGGGGUGUGUGGACAGAGUUUGUGCCACAGUCCUCUUCAAGUGUUCUUACUUCAGCAGUGAGGCACCGAGGACAAACGUGGGAAGGGAUUUUUUGUCUCUAACAGUAAUUAUGCAACUGGUUUUUGAAUGUAGCUACCAUACAAAUGUGGAUCGCCUUCAUUUUCAGAGUUGUGUUCCUGGGUUUUUGUCAGUACAGUACAAUAGUUUUCACCUUUUUUUUUUUUUUUUUUUUCUAAUGUCUGUCCUCAACCAAGUGGCUCUCAGUGUGCAGCUCACUUCUUAGUAUCCUGCGCAUCUAUUUCGGAGGCAGACGUCGGUAUUUGGGUGUAAGGUAAUAGAUAAUAUGGAGAACAAAACAGUGUUAUUGUGAUGUUAUUCCCAUGUCAUGUCAUGUUGUGAAUGGUUUUUACCAACAUGUAAUCACAAAUGGGAGGUAGAGCAUUUUGUGUGUUUAAUUUCUACAAAAAAGAGAUGAAGAAAAAGACCUAUACAAAUCAAUAGUGUGGCCUUUUCAUUCUCAAGACUUAAGAUGUCAUGAUGGGAGAGUGAUACCUUAUCAGUGCCUGAACUUGUAUUUUCAUUUAAGACAGUUUUACUUUGUGAACCAUAUCAUUUCAUUAAUCAUGGAGAUUAAAGAGGUACUUGUUCAUUCCCCCACCCUCCCUUCUCCUAAUGCUUUUUUCAAUUUUCAGGAAGAAGUUUAAAUCGUAUAAAGAGAUUUUCUUUCAGUGUAUCUAGUUAAAUAAAUAAAUGUUACGUAGAUCUUG